AUAAAAUGCAUAACUGUAAUGCGAAGCGGCAGAGGCAUGCCAUUAGUGAUACAAAGCUGGCGUGGUGAGAUUCAUUUCUGCAUCAUGGCGACAGCAAAUGGUUCACUGUGCAACAUCUCCGGGUCCGUGUCCGAGAAUGGGAGCUGGAUCGGCUGCAUGGAGUCGGAUAUUGAACAGGGAACGGUUAAAGCGAUUCAGGCGUGGAUCGCUUACCUGCUGAUUCCUCUCAACCUGAUCAGCAUAUUUGCUAAUCUUCUCGUCAUCUUGGCUGUGACACGGACAUCACACCUGCAGGAGCCGGCACAUAAGCUGAUCGCAAACUUGGCUGUCGCUGAUUUCAUUAUGGGCGUCCGAGGAGUCUUCAUCGCACCAAUAACCUUUCUAAUCGAGUUCCCGCCAAAGAUCAUAUGCCUUGGACAUUGCGUUGUGGUUACGCUCUCGGCCCUUGCAUCAACAAACUCUCUCAUUGCCAUCAACAUAGACAGGUACAUUGCAAUAUCGCGACCGCUACACUACUACCAGAUCGUCACACCGCGCGUUAUCUUGUUAAUGGUAGUCCUGGCUUGGAGCUUUGCCGUCUUCGUAAGCGUGUUAAGUCUCAUUGUUAACCGCUGGCAGCCGGAUCAACCAUGCAUCUAUGACAUCGUUUCGAGUAGAAUAUCUGUCUUCUUAAUCUCGGUACUUAUUAUGACGUGUGGCACCGCCCUCGUCUCCAUCUACGCUUACAUAAUGAUGAUUACCAAGCACCACCAGCGGCAGAUCCACCAGUAA